CUUCUUUAUAAUCAUUCUUCUCAUAGUUUCUCUCCUUCAUUUUCUCUCUCUCUCCCUCUCUCUCUAUCUCUCUAUAGUAGAAGACAAAAAUCAAGAAAAAGUAAAUGAGUCUCUAUUGCUUUAUUUGCUUGUUAAUCUUUCUCAUUACUAUUUCAAAUGAAUUUGAUGAGACAUUCUCGUUGAGAAGAGACAUGACAAAGCUUCUAGAAUUCCAAGAGAAGAUCCAAGAAAGACUCGCAGUCACUCCUAGUCUCCCACCAAUGUCUUCUCCUUCUUCUCACUCGUCCAAAAUGGUAGGGAGAGUGAUAUACCCGAUUAAUUACGGAGCUGACCCGACAGGUGGACAAGACAGUAGUGACGCAAUCCUUGAAGCUUUAACCGAUGCUUUUCAGUUACAAACCGGGCUCCAGAUGCUACCACGUGUCGCCGAUCUAGGAGGUCUUGUUAUUGAUCUUCAAGGUGGCAGUUACAAGAUCGGAAAACCUCUCAGGUUCCCUUCCUCCGGCGGCGGAAAUCUCGUGUUAAAAGGCGGGACUUUCCGUGCAUCGGAGGUGUUUCCCGGUGAUCGGCAUUUGGUCGAGCUCGUACCAUCAAACUCCGUGAAACCAAUGAAAAUGUCGCCGGAAGAUUCUUUCUCUGAUCAAAAAGACCAGAGCUCCGGGAUUGUUUACGAGGAUGUGACCUUCCAAGAUGUCCUCUUCGACUCAAGCUUCCGAGGCGGGGGUAUUUUGGUAAUUGACUCAGCUCGAAUCCGUAUAACCAAUUGCUACUUCCUCCAUUUCACAACGCAUGGGAUCAAAGUCCAGGGAGGUCACGAGACAUACAUUUCAAACUCUUUCUUGGGACAACAUUCAACGGUAGGAGGAGACAAGGAAGAAAGAGAGUUUUCCGGUACAGGAAUCGAUAUCUCGAGCAACGAUAACGCCAUAACCGACGUAGUGAUUUUCUCGGCUGGGAUUGGAAUCUCGUUGAGUGGUGGUGCAAAUAUGGUUACAGGCGUGCAUUGCUACAAUAAAGCUACAUGGUUUGGUGGAAUCGGCAUUCUAGUGAAAUCGCAUUUAACUAGGAUAGACAAUUGUUACCUUGACUACACAGGUAUAGUCAUUGAAGAUCCUGUUCACGUUCAUGUCACAAACGCUCUGUUCUUAGGAGAUGCUAACAUCGUGUUGAGAUCUGUACACGGGAAGAUUUCAGGGGUAAACAUCGUCAAUAACAUGUUUAUUGGUACUCCUCAAAACAAUUUCCCGAUCGUCAAGCUGGAAGGAGAGUUUCAUGAGAUUGAUCAAGUUGUGAUUGAUCAGAACAAUGCGGAAGGGAUGAUGUUGAAAUCAACGAUAGGGAAGUCAAAGGUUUCAGCGAAUGGGACGAGAUGGGUCGCUGAUUUUUCCCCUGUUUUGGUUUUCCCAAACCGGAUAAACCAUUACCAGCAUUCGUUUUUUGCUCAAUCAGGACAGAUUCCUGCGAAUGCAGUGACGAAUGUUUCCAACAAUGUGGUAGUUGUAGAAACUGAUAGAGCUGUAACUGGAACUGUGUCAGUAAUCGUUUAUCAGUAA